AUGAAUUUGACUUUUGCUUUUCUUUCUUAUUUUGGGCUUUCACUUUUUUCUUUCUUUCUUCGUUAUUUACUGGAUUAUUUCUAUUCUUAUUUAUUUUUACCUUUUUCUUUCUUUCUAUCUUUCAUUCUUUCUUUCUUUCUAUCUUUCAUUCUUUCUUUCUUUCUAUCUUUCAUUCUUUCUUUCUUUCAUUCUGUCUUUCUUUCUUUCUUUUUCUUUAUCGUAUUCUUCCUUUUUCUUUCUUUCUUUCUUUCCUUCUUUCUUUCUUUCUUUUUUUCUUUCUUUCUUUCUUUCUUUCUUUCUUUCUCAAAAUUAAGUUUCUUUCUUUCUUUCCGUAAGUUUCUUUAUCGUAUUCUUCCUUUUUCUUUCUUUUUUUCUUUCUUUCUUUCUUUCUUUCUUUCUUUCUCAAAAUUAAGUUUCUUUCUUUCUUUCCGUAAGUUUCUUUAUCGUAUUCUUCCUUUUUCUUUCUUUCUUUCUUUCUUUCUUUCUUUCUUUCUUUCUUUCUUUCUUUCUUUCUUUCUCAAAAUUAAGUUUCUUUCUUUCUUUCCUUUCUUUCUUUCUUUCCGUAAGUUUCUUUAUCGUAUUCUUCCUUUUUCUUUCUUUCUUUCUUUCUUUCUUUCUUUUCUUUCUUUCUUUCUCAAAAUUAAGUUUCUUUCUUUCCGUAAUUUCUUUCUUUCUUUCCGUAAUUUUCUUUCUCGUAUUCUUCCUUUUUCUUUCUUUCUUUCUUUCUUUCUUUUAUUCUUACUUUUUCUUUCUUUCUUUCUUUCUUUCUUACUUUUUCUUUCUUUCUUUCUUUCUUUCUUUCUUUCUGUAACUUUUCAUAUCUAUCUAUCUAUCUAUAUAAAAAUUUCUCUUUUCAUAUCUAUCUACUUUCCAAAUGUUCAUCUAUAUACCAGUUUUAUCUUUUCAUAUCUAUCUACCUACAUAAUUCUCUUUUCACAUCUAUCUAUCUAUCUAUCUAUCUAUCUAUCUAUCUAUCUAUCUAUCUAUCUAUCUACUCAUAUAUAUCGAGAUUAA